AGAGGGGAGAUUUGGUCAAUAAAUUUCUAGUGUACGUUACUUUUUUGGUCCUUUUUUCCCUCCUCUUCCUUCAAACCCCACUUUUUAUAUUUGUUUUUUUUUUUGUUACUCUCAUCUCUGUUUGUGUGUGUGGUGGCAUCUGUGUGUGUGUUCUUAGGGGGUGGGGUAGUGGGGUGGGUGGGGUAAGGUAAAGACAUAUGUCACCAUUCUUUUAUCAGCACGAGAAAAUCCCACCUUUCUUUAUCAACCAUUCUUCCCGCUUCUUAAUUAAUUGAAUUUUGUUGGUUUCUUUAUCUCAAAGAGGGAAACUGUGUGUUUCCUCUGUGUGUAGAAAGGGAAAGAGAAGAUGUCUACUAAAGAAAGAGAGGAAGAUGACAAAGUGAGUUUAGAGAGUGAAAAUGUAGAGAAAAAGAGUGAGGUUAAAGGGGGUGUUGUGGUGAUAAUGGACACUCCUGAGAGGAACAAGAACCAGAUCGCAACACCCAUUUCUAAAUUUGAGGAGUCCCCUUUUUCUAAUUUCCUCAACAACCUUUCUCCCAUCAAACCAGUGAAGUCCGCACACUUCCCUCAGUCGCUCAAUACACUUAGUUUUGGAUCUAUACCGUCUGUGUUCACCUCACCCCAUGUCAGCUCCGUAAGGGAAUCUAGAUUUUUAAGAAGGCACCUGCUCUCUGAUCCAUCAAAACCAGAGUUUGCUUCUGAUGACAGUGCUAAAGCUGAUGCUGAUGAAGGUAUGUUAGAUGGUGUAAAUAACUCAAAUGACGCCAAGGAAAGCUUUGGUUCUGAGAUUUCUGUCGUUGAAGCAUUGGCUACACCAUCCCAUGGCUCAAAGCUUGCAGUUGAGCUUUCCAGAACUCUAAAUUAUGACAGUCCCAGUACUUUACCUACUGGGAACAUGAGAGGUAAGAGUCUGGCAGAAUUUACAGGCAGUUCUGUGACAUACAUCCCUUUGGUGCAAGACAUGUCUGGAAAAGGUCUGGUUAGAUGUGAGGUGAAUAUGGAGGGGACAAAUGAAAUUGAUCCAAAUAAAGAAGCUUCAGGAUGUGAUUGGGAGAAUUUGAUUUGUGAUGCCACGGAUCUACUGAUCUUUGACUCACCUGGUGACCCUGAGGCUUUCACAAAAGCAACAGGUCCUCAUUUUAGACCCUUUGGAUUUGUCUCAAAAGAAAUGCAGAAUAUGCAAGGUUCUAGUCAGGUUAGUACCAGUGAAUGUGGUGGAGACGGAAGUGAAACAGAGAACCCAUCUACCCAACCUGCGGAUGAAACUCAAGUCAAGGAAUAUGCUGAAACCCAAAACGUAAAACCUGAUUCUUCUCUAACCAACGACGGCAUGGGUGCGGGUCAAAGUGAAAAAACUGAUAAUGAGAUGGUCUCUACUCUAUACCGUGGAAUGAGAAGACGUUGUUUAGUUUUUGAGAUGGUGGGAUCUCGAAGAAAGCAUGUAGAUGAGGGUUCUGGUUCUUCUGCUGUGCAAGACACUGAUGGAAACCUUGCCUGCAACGAGAAGCAACUAGUACCUUAUAAGACUGUAAAUGAAUCUUCUCGAUGCAUUUUACCUGGAAUUGGCUUGCAUUUAAAUGCCCUUGCAGCAUCUUCAAAAGACGGCAAAGUUGUCAAGCAUGAAACUAGUGCUUCUGGGAAACAGCUUUUAAUUACAUCUGGCUCAGCUGUCAGUCAUCAUCCUUCAGUUACUGGUCAAGAAUCACUGAGUAAAUCUCUGCCUGAAACCUCUAGAGGAUUAGAAAUUGUUCCUCUAGAGAAUAGUGUUCCUCCUAUGGAGGAUAUUUGUGAGGAACCUGUAUAUGUAAAUAAUGAAGAGCUUAAUCAGACUAGUCCAAAGAAAAAGAGACGUCGAUUGGAACCUGGAGAAGGCGAGGCAUGCAAGCGUUGCAACUGUAAGAAAUCAAAAUGCUUGAAACUUUACUGUGAAUGUUUUGCCGCUGGAGUCUACUGUGUGGAGCCAUGUGCAUGUCAAGACUGCUUCAACAAGCCCAUUCAUGAAGAUACUGUGCUUGCAACUCGCAAACAGAUUGAAUCACGAAACCCUCUUGCUUUUGCUCCCAAAGUGAUAAGGAGUGCCGACUCUGUUUCUGAAACAGGGGAUGAUUCCAGCAAGACUCCUGCCUCAGCUCGUCACAAGAGAGGAUGCAACUGCAAGAAAUCCGGCUGUCUGAAGAAAUAUUGUGAAUGCUAUCAGGGUGGGGUUGGAUGCUCCAUCAAUUGCCGAUGUGAAGGAUGCAAGAAUGCGUUCGGCAGAAAGGAUGGUUCUGUUUUCAUAGGCACAGAUGGGGACGCCGAGGAAGAGGAAACAACAGAAGCGUUUGAAAAGAGUAUUGUCGAUAGAACUUCUCAUAAAAACAUACUACAUAGUGAUGUAGAGCAGAAUCCAGAUUUCAUUGUUCCUGCUACACCUUUAGCAUUUAGAAGACCACCGAUGCAGCUGCCCUUGUCAUUGAAGAACAAACCGCCUCGAUCAUCAUUUCUAUGUAUCGGAUCCUCAUCUGGUUUAUUUGCAGGCCAAGGGGUGGUUGGAAGGCCAGACUUCUUUCCACCUCAGCCCAAGUUCGAGAAACCAUUUGAAUCGAUACAAGAAGAUGAAAUGCCUGAGAUACUCCAACAAGGGGGGACUAGUUCUCCAAUCAGUGGCAUUAAGACAGCUUCUCCCAACAGGAAGAGAGUUUCUCCUCCUCAUUGUGACUUUGCAAACUCUCCCGGUCGUCGAAGCAGCCGCAAGUUGAUACUGCAAUCCAUCCCUUCAUUUCCUUCCCUCACUCCCAAUCCUUGAAGAUCAUCAUCCAAACCAGUAGGUAAACUUGGAAGGAAAUUUUUUCAUAUUUUUACUAUUGUAGUUAUAGUGUAGUUUAAUGCACCUCUCUGUGGACCUUUUCGAGGCCCCCCUUGUGCUUGUAUAAUAGCCUUGUUAUUUUCUUAAUAACCUUGCUUUAUCCUUAAUAAUGAAUUAAAAUUUGUUAGUGUA